CGUGGAGGGAACCUAGAUCCCUCUGUGUGGGAAGUUCACGGUCAGUUUUUUUUUUUCUUCAAAUGCAGGGUCUUAACAAAAGGAGGGUCAAGGCUGAGUUUGGCAUGAGCAGAGCAUUCUGCGGACACUUCAUGAUGUUUCCUCUGGAAGAGAUUACAAACAGCACUUGCUCUGGUUACCGGGAUCAGCACCCUCACACUAUCCUUUACAACAUCUUGAGCGGGAGGGAGAGUGGCUACCUCAUCAACAAACUGAACCGUAACGCCACAAAACACAACUGCCACUGUGAGCAGAGGAGGACAGUUUGCCUUAAGGACCCAAAGGCCACCUGCCAAGUUGCCUCCAGUGUGCUGGUCAAAACCGUCUGCUUUGUGAGAAGUUUACCAUCCUUCAGUCAGCUUCCAUCAGGAGAUCAGUCAUCAUUGUUAAGACACUGCUGGGUUCCUUUAUUUGUUCUGGGGCUUGCCCAAGAAAAUAUAGUCUUUGAAGUGACCGAUGUCCCGAAUUCAAGUAUCCUCAGACAGAUUCUGCUCGGACCAGGACUCACUGAAAAGGAGGCCGACCAACCAACUCUUGCUGAAGUCCACAAAUUGAGAACUUGCUUGCACCAGCUGUGGAAUCUGGAUCUCAGUCCGAAGGAAUAUGCUUACCUGAAGGGUGGCUUAUUGUUUAACCCAGCUGUUCAAGGACUGAGUGCCUUGUUGUUCAUUGACGGCCUCCAGCAGGAAGCUCAGAGAGCUCUCCAAGAAGUCAUCCACCUCCUGCACCCAGAGGACACCGUUCGCUUCAGCCGCGUCCUUCUAGCAGCCUCCACCAUUCAGACUGUCAGCCACAGCCUGGUCACAGAGCUCUUCUUCAAGCCAGUUAUUGGCAACACAAACAUGUUUCAUUUACUAACGGAGAUGAUGUUUGUACAAUAAGAUCCCCGUGAGAAUGCCUUAUAAUAGAGUGUUGUGAUAUGGAAUUUUAUACAGUGAACCUAGGUUGAAAAGCACACGAAAUAAACCUUUUAAUACCUUCA